AGCAGUGUUGCUUUCCUGCUGUUUACUCACGCGUGUUUUCUUGUUUGCACGCAGAGCCCUUCAUUAAGAGUCCCAUCUGGACCAUCGCGCAGUGCCGUCUAAGAAGAAAUCGUAGUGGGAAACUCACAGCCCGAACUCUGACUUCAGCCACGCUCUUUUCGAGGCCUUUUCACAUUUUCAUUUAACGAAACCCACUAGACAUUUCUUAUCAUUUUUGAGAAGUGCACUCGCGAUGGAGGAGAACCAGGCCAACGCUGCGGAGGAGGCGACGCAGACCGGCCCGUUGUCGCGCAGGGAGCGCAAGACGAUGGAGAAGCGGGAGAAGCAGGCCGAGGAGCUGCGCCAGCUGAGCAAGAAGGCGAAUGCUGUCAACGGUGACAUGGACAACCCGUUCUCCGUAACCAUGGAGACGGACCAGGUAGCGGAGGGGUCGCGCAACAUCACCUUUAACAAGGUGUCUGUCUCCGUCAACGGCAAGACGUUGUUCAAGGACGCCUCGGUGAAGCUGUCGGCUGGGUCGCGUUACGGGCUGAUGGGGCCGAACGGUCGUGGUAAGUCAACCAUCCUCCGUCUUUUGGCAAGCCGCGAGCUGCCGGUACAGUCGAACUUGGAUCUGCUGCUGGUGGAGCAGGAACAGGAGUUCACGGCGUCGGAGCUGAGCGCGGUGGAGGCGGUGCUGCAGAGCCACAAGAAGCAGAAGGCGUACAGCCUAGAGGCGGCGGAGUUGCACGCGAAGGUGGAACUGACCACGGCGGAGAUGGAGCGUCUACACUUUCUCGAGGAGGAGCUGGACAUUAUGGGCGCCUCGCAGGCCGACGCCCGCGCUCGUCGCAUCCUCUUCGGUCUCGGCUUCCCCACGGAGUGGCAUGAGCGACCGACGAGCAGCUUCAGCGGUGGUUGGCGGAAGCGUAUUGCGCUGGCAUCUGCGGUGUUCAUCGAACCAGAUGUACUCAUGCUGGAUGAGCCGACCAACCACCUGGACCUCAACGCCGUCAUUUGGCUCGAGUCUUACUUGGUCAAGGCGUACAACGAGUCAGCGAAGCGCCCCAAGACGCUCAUCGUCGUUUCGCACGACGCCGGCUUCCUGGACGAGGUGUGCACGCACAUGGUGCACGUGGAGAACUACCUGCUCAACUACUACCGUGGCAGCUACAGCGACUUCGACUCCCAGCUGCAGCAGCGCCAUCAGGAGCUGGAUAAGAAGUACGAGUCGGUGAUGAAGACGAUCCGCGACAAGAAGCGCAACGGCAUGUCGAACGCGCAGGUGGAUGUCUGGGUCAAGGACCAGGUGAAUGCGGGCCGCCUGGAUCCGCAGUUUCUGGAGAAGCGUCGCGACUAUGUAGUGAACUUCCCUUUCCCCGACCCACCGGAGCUGCGCGACGGCUGCGUGUGCAAGUUGGAGAACGUCGCUUUCAACUACCCCAACGGUCCUGUCCUCUUCGAGAACGUGAGCUGCGCUCUGUGGACGGACAGUCGCAUCACGCUGUGCGGUCCCAACGGUAUUGGUAAGAGUACGCUGCUCAACCUGAUGACAGGUGUGCUGGAGCCUACGGCGGGCUACAUCACGCUGAACCGCCAGGUGCGAAUUGGGCGCUACAACCAGCACUUUGUCGACAAGCUGCCGCUCGAGAAGACACCGGUGGAGUGCAUCCAGGCGUUAGGCAUUCCUGAAGAGGACAAGGCGCGCCGUCUGCUAGGCAGCUUCGGCUUGGAGGGCAUCGUGCACAAGAACCAAAUCGCGACGCUAAGCGGUGGCCAGAAGGCGCGUGUGGCGCUGGCCGCAAUCAGCGCCGAAUCGCCUCACUUCUUGCUCUUUGACGAGCCAACCAACCACUUGGAUGUGGAGUCUAUUGAGGCCCUUUGCGCGGCUAUCAAGAACUUCAAAGGUGGUGUCUUGGUGGUGACCCACGAUGCCCGUCUGAUUGAGUCGACAGAGAUGCAGAUUUGGGUUGCGGGCGACAAGAACGUGGCUCCGUUCAACGGUUCUCUUGAGGAUUACAAGAGCAUCGUUCGCGCUGAGUUUGAGAAGGAGGAGGCGAUACGACUGGAGGACCGCCGGCAGCAGCAAGAGGACAAGGCUGCCGUCCGCCAAUUGAAGCAGAGUGGAGUGGCGGACGUCAAGAGUGCGUUGAAGGAGAAGGAAGAAAAGAAGCAGCAACACCAUGCCGAGGGCCUGGAUGCUUUCCUGGACGCUGUGGGGAAGAAAAAGAAGAAGAAGUCGAAGGAAGACAAGGAAUGA